CAGUCUUCGUCUCGAACGGAGCGGAGUCACUCGCCCGUUCCCGCACAUUUCAAACUUCGAACCACAAUUCGAAUAAAGAACGCGUGCGGACUUUUUACUCCGAGAAAGUGACUCGUGAUAUUUAUAUAAAUAAAAUUGGACCGGUGUUGCACUAAUAAAAAAAUUCGAAAGUUGAAAGGAUAUUUUUUUGGUCAAAGUUUUGUGAUGCGAGUUACGUCGUCUCCCUUACGAUAACUCACGCUGCAAGGACAGGAACGAACCUCCAUCGCACCGACCUUCUUGCCGUGAUAACCUACACGGAUGGAAUGUCACUCACCAACUGACGUUUCAACGUAGCACUUGUAUUUACGGCAUUUUUAGUUCGUACAAAAUCGGACAGUGAAAAACUAUGCGGAUAAGUUCCGAAAGUAGAUAGUAUUUGUAUAAAAAAGGUUUUGUUUUUUGGUGUGAUGGCGUUGUGGAAGUCUGUGGGUUUGUGGACAGUGUGUGUGGUGCUAUGCCUGCUGGGCAAGAUUUCGGGAUUGGACAAUGGACUCGCACUGACGCCGCCAAUGGGCUGGCUCGCGUGGGAGCGGUUUAGAUGCAACACCGACUGCAAAAAUGAUCCUGAUAAUUGUAUAAGUGACCGUCUAUUCCGGACAAUGACGGACAUCCUGGUGUCCGAAGGGUACGCAGCCGCCGGGUACGAGUACAUCAACGUGGAUGACUGCUGGCCCGAACGGGAACGCAACGCGCGCGGCCAACUCGUGCCCGAUCGGGAACGGUUCCCCUAUGGCAUGAAGAGCUUGGCUGAUUAUGUACACAGCAAGGGUCUGAAGUUUGGAAUCUACGAGGAUUAUGGAAACUUUACAUGCGCGGGAUACCCUGGAGUCGUCGGACAUCUUGCUGGAGACGCAGCUACCUUCUCGGCAUGGGGCGUGGACUACGUGAAGCUGGAUGGAUGCUACGCCCUUCCCGCAGACAUGGACUACGGAUACCCUGAGUUCGGCAGACAGCUCAACUUGACCGGCAGACAGAUGGUCUACUCCUGCAGUUGGCCCGUCUAUCAGAUAUACGCUGGUAUCCAGCCCAAUUUCUCGUCGAUCAUCGAGCACUGUAACCUGUGGCGUAACUUCGACGACAUACAAGACUCGUGGGCAUCCGUCGAGUCUAUCAUAGACUACUACGGAAACCAUCAGGACGUCAUCGUGCCCAACGCUGGCCCUGGACAUUGGAAUGACCCUGACAUGCUGAUUAUCGGCAACUUUGGCCUAUCAUACGAGCAGAGUAAGACGCAGUUCGCGAUCUGGGCGAUCUUAGCGGCGCCACUACUGAUGAGCGUGGACCUGAGGACCAUACGGCCCGAAUACAAGGCGAUCCUGCAGAACAGGAAGAUUAUCGAAGUCGAUCAAGACCCACUUGGAAUUCAAGGCAGGAGGAUAUAUAAGCACCGAGGCAUCGAGAUCUGGUCACGUCCGAUCCUGCCGAUCCAGAGCCAGUACUACUCGUACGCGGUGGCGUUUGUCAACAGACGCACUGAUGGCACACCCUCAGACGUCGCCGUCACGCUGCGGGAGCUUGGCCUCAACAACCCUGCUGGAUACAGGGUUGAGGAUUUGUAUGAAGACGUUGACUACGGCGUCCUGUCGCCGCAGACCAAGAUCAAAGUGAAAGUGAACCCCUCAGGUAGUGUCGUGAUACUCAGAGCAGACGCUCAACCAUCAUUUGCAUACAACGCGAUACCCACGCGGACACCAUACGCCCCCCUCAACGACGUCUUCAGAUUGAACAAGAAAUAGCGCCAUCUACCGAGCGCAACUGAACUUAAGUCAGACUUGACACGAUCUACAAGUACAAUAAAUGAAUGAUUUGUCUAUACUUUUGUAACUCUAUGUUGUUUACUCGCUACGGAUUUUGAGUUUUGUUCUGCUUGCUUGCUUAGAGAAAAUUAGGUGAUACAUAGUAAUUUAACACCAGUUUUAGGUGAAGUAAUUUAACGUUUUAGAAACGUCGACUACUCUUUAUAAUAAAGGAUAUUUUUAGCUAACAAUUUAUUCAGAAGUUCGGAUUUUAAUCUGAAUUUCUUAGAAGCAGACCAGAGUCUGUAUUUGUGCCGGACUCGAUUUCCCUUUUUUAUGGGAAUGAGAUAUAAAUGGUGAAAUGUAGGCCCUUGCUUAUUUAAGCUUUUGUGGAUAACUUGAUGUUACGUAAUGAUGUGUGAUUGUGUUUUGUUUCCGACUUCGUUAUAUUAGUUUGUUUUAGAUUCAUGUGAUUGGAAGGCUUGUUGGCUGUUUACGAUUGUAUCUCCGCGAGUACAAUUAGAAUCGUAGCGUGUAAACGAUUUUGUAUCCGUAUGUGUACAUUUACUUUGGUGUGAAAGAUAGUUACCAGCCGGUAUAUCUCUGUCUUGCCUUAGGUUACAUUUUAUUUAUGUCUCGUUUCAGUGUGAUAAUUGGGAUGUUAAUGUGUGACAAAAACACGUGGAGAAUUGAUUAUUUGCCAUUACGUUGUACCUAGUAUAAGGAUGUACAUUUUAGGUGCCUAUAAAUGUAAGUUUUUCGUAGUGAACGUCAAUAAAUAAUUAUACUUUUUA